GGCCAUGAUGGGAGCCUGAGAGUUCAGCUGGAGCGACGGCAGCAAGAAAAGAUGAUUCCCCGGGACGGAGCUGUCAAACGAAUCCUUACAUUCCUUUUGUUUGUAUAGAUCAUAUACAUAUUGGUGGAGCCUGUCACUCUUCAAAUGUGUUCUUGGCAAUCACUGGAUGACGAUGUUAAAUCGUUAAUAGGCUUUUGGGUCGAAAACGGAGCUAGCAUUAGCUAGCCAGCUAGCGGGCUAGACUGGAUACGGGUUCGGGAACCGGUGAGUUCUCUUUCCUUUCGGCUGCGACUGAACCAUCCUCUUUGGACCGAAUUUGACAUCGGGAGUUUUUCUUUUUUUAGGGCUACUGCAUGAGUCAUUUUUUGCAGCUUUUGGCAAGACCCGAAUUGCUGGAAUUGGCAAGUGGGGCCUGCACGGAGGAGCCAAGCAAGGCCCGUCUUUAUGAUCCAGAAUCUAAUCCGACCGACAGCCCGUCUACUCCUGUCACCUGCUGCAAUGGCUGCGAUUAUAAAAGAAAUGGUCAGCCGGAACAAAAGGAGAUACCAGGAGGAUGGCUUCGACCUGGACUUAACAUAUAUAUACCCGAACAUCAUAGCUAUGGGCUUUCCAGCAGAGAGACUUGAGGGAGUGUACAGAAACAAUAUAGACGAUGUAGUACGGUUUUUGGAUUCAAAACAUAAAAACCAUUACAAAAUCUACAACCUCUGUGCAGAAAGACACUACGAUGCUGCCAAAUUUAACUGCAGAGUUGCACAGUACCCCUUCGAAGACCACAACCCUCCUCAGCUGGAGCUAAUUAAACCCUUUUGUGAAGACCUGGACCAGUGGCUCAGUGAGGACGACAAUCACGUGGCGGCUAUCCACUGCAAGGCGGGGAAGGGCCGCACUGGAGUCAUGAUCUGCGCUUAUCUGCUGCAUCGCGGCAAAUUCCUGGAGGCCCAAGAAGCACUUGACUUUUAUGGCGAAGUCAGGACAAGGGACAAGAAGGGAGUAACAAUCCCGAGCCAGCGCCGCUACGUCUACUACUACAGCUACCUACUGAAGAACCAGCUUGAGUACAAGCCAGUGGCGCUCCUCUUCCACAAAAUGGUGUUUGAGACUCUCCCAAUGUUCAGCGGGGGCACCUGCAAUCCCCAGUUUGUCGUGUACCAACUGAAAGUCAAGAUUCACACAUCGAACCCCACUCACACCCGGCGCGAGGACAAGCACAUGUUUUUUGAAUUCCCUCAGCCGCUGCCGGUUUGUGGAGACAUCAAAGUGGAGUUCUUCCAUAAACAGAAUAAGAUGAUGAAGAAGGACAAGAUGUUCCACUUCUGGGUCAACACCUUCUUCAUCCCUGGACCAGAGGAGAGUGCGGACAAGCUGGAGAACGGUGCAGUCAACAAUGUAGAGAGCCAGCAGGGGGGGCCGGGCCAGCAGGGGGGUCCGGGCCAGGGCCAGCUGCAGAGCGCCGAGUGUCGGGACAGCUGCAGGGAGAGCGGCAGGGAAAGCGACAGGGACUACCUCAUCCUGACGCUCACUAAGAACGACCUGGACAAGGCCAACAAAGAUAAAGCUAACCGCUACUUCUCGCCAAACUUCAAGGUGAAGUUGUAUUUUACGAAAACGGUGGAGGAGCCUUCGAAUUCAGAGGCAAGCACUUCGACAUCCGUCACCCCGGACGUUAGCGACAAUGAGCCAGACCAUUACAGAUACUCUGACACCACUGACUCUGAUCCGGAAAAUGAACCUUUUGAUGAAGAGCAGCACACACAAAUUACAAAGGUGUGAACUCUUUUUAAAGCGGAAGAGAAGAAAAUAUUCACAAGAAAGAAAAAAGGAGAAAACUUGAAUAAAACUCAAAAGAAGAACCUUGUCCCUUCCCUCCCCCAGACGGCAAUAGAAUAUCAUCAUGUCAAAUGCCAAUUUUAGGGAAAAAAAAGAUAAAUAUCCUGACCAAUAUAUUGUUUUGUUUUCUUUUUUCUGUUUUUUUUUUUUUUCUUCUUCCUUUGGCACGGCCAUUUACCAUGCGCAAAGUAUUGACACUCUUGCCCCAUGGGAAAAGGUGCUGUAGCUAUAAAAUGUGUUUACCGUAUUUUCCGGACUACAGAGCGCACCGGAAUAUUAGCCGCACCCACCAAAUCUAAGAAGGAAAAUGGAUCUUUUUCAUACAUAAGCCGCACCAGUCUAUAAGCCGCGGGUGCACUGUUGCUGUCUGUGCCACAGAAAAUGCAUGAGGAUCACUUCUAGCGAUCCUCUAGUACUAGUUUUGAAAACGGGGUCCAGUGUCGAGACUGACUCAUGAAACAAUCUUGCCAAUGUUCUGAACUGCAGUCAUGAACUCCUCACAUCUUAUUUACAUUUAAAGUGUUCAAAAAGCGCUGUUUUCACCCUCCAGUAGCUCUUCUCUGUUAGAAGAGCUGCGGACACACGGACGAAAACAGUGCAAUUUGAGCGCUUUAAAGGUAAAUAAAACGCCUGUGAUGUCAUCGGUUUGAUGUGACGAGGCUCAAUAUAUUUGCCAGCAAAGAGCAUGCUCAUUAGACUGUAAAGAUUAGGGAUGCUCCGAGAGACAGGGAGAGCACUCAGCUGAAGCAGCUGUCUUCAACCUCUUUCUUGAAAGUUCUCACUCUGGACGUUUCAGAUUCAGGGGAUGGACCGCAAACGCUGCAUCUGACACACACAAAACUGCAGCGGAUUCAGUCGCGGUUGAUUCUGUCUUUAAACGGCACCUGAGAAAGGCUGCUCAUCUGGCGCGGUGAAAUUAAUGAUUAUUUCUUGGGCAAUAUGUUUCGCGUUCCGAAUGUCACGCUCAGAUCGCCGAGUGACCCCUGGUUCCUGCAGUUUCACUUCCAUGAGCACCAGAAAACUCACUGUGCUCCGUCAAGUGCUGGUGUUUUAAAUAUCGUAUUGAAUUCGUGGCGUUGACGCCUUUUAACGUGCAUGUGCUGCAGGAUGCAAAUUUGAAAAAAGCUUCCGCAUUAGACAUGCCGUUGCCAAGCAAGUGGCGAGUCGGGAGGGAGGAGCAGACGCACCAUAAACCGCGGGCGGUGCCUCAUCAGAACGGCUGCUGUCACAUGUGAUCGGAUUUUGUGACCGGCAAUGACAGAUCACAACGAGUUCAGCCUUUCAUAAUCGGUGGCCGAUUGAUUGGAAUAUCCCUGUAAAAAUCCAUAUAUUAGCCGUAUUGUUUAAUAAGCCGCUGGGUUCAGACCGUGAGAAAAAAGUUGCGGCUUAUAGUCCGGAAAAUACGGUAUAUAUAUAUAUAUGUAUACAUAUGUAUAUGUAUAUACAUAUAUACAUAUAUACAUCCAUAUAUAAACAACUUUGUGUCAAAGACAAUGGAAAGAGUACCACAAUCAGGAGACGGGAGUUGAAGUGUGGGAGAAGUUAGAAUGAUAUACUAGGACUAUGCUGCUCCUUCUCCUGUCUAAACCAAGGCCAGUGCUGCAGUCACUUUGUUUCACUCCCUCUCUCCUCUUCCUCCCCCUCUUUUCUCUCAUCUUUUACUCUCCUUCCCCUCCAUCCUCUCCUCCUUUUACUGUGAAUGCUUCUUGUGCUCUUUGCAGGCUGUCUCACGUGACUUUUGGCCUUUGUGCAGUGCAAACUGCAUGCGGGCAGUGGGUUGGGGGUGGGCGGGGUUAUGAAGAGGCUGUGAUGAUGUCUAAAACAUUGCCAUUCCUGUUCCCACUGUGUAUACGUUAAAUUAUGCAGAACAAGACACCCCAUGUAAUUGUUAAUGUUUUUUUUAUCCUAAGAUAAUAAAAAUAUAAUACACAAAACAGCAGGGAGACAAGUGUUUGCAAUAAUGUCAACACUACAUUUAAAGGACAAUGGUGAUUUGCAUGUAUUGGAAUUGGCAUCCAUCCCUAAUAAAUGUAUGCAAUGUUGUCUUUUCUUAAAGAAACCAGCUUUGCAAUUUGUCUCAUGCGUGGGGGGUUCCCUAGUACAUUGAGUCAUGCUCACAAAUUACAUCAGAGUAUUAUGUAAUAUAAGCACAGCAAAAAAUAUAAAUGCUCACAUUUUCCCUCUGGCCUGGGAUUUGUGCAGGUGUUUCUAGGUGGUCAAUUGAGGCUGCUUUCCGGCGACCUCUUUCUCUUUGCUUUGGCUCUCAGGGUUGCAUCUUCUGACCAGCCUUGUUUUUGAGUUUUUAAAUAGCUUGGUUUUAGGGUGGUGUCGCCACUUGCAUCAGUUUUUCCACAUGUGACGCAGUGCAGUAUUUGACCACACGCUUGUUACUCAUUCUGAAGAAUGUUGACACCUCUGAGAACAGGAUCUCUGAACUGCCUUCACCGAGCAUCGGUGAUCGGAGGGAAGUGGUUCAGUUAGUUGUCCGAUGGUUCUUGUACUGUCUUGGCUGAUGUGUUUGGACAAACGGCUUAUGAGCAAGAGCUGCAAGACGUCUGCUGCACUUCAGCUGGUUUGAGCCACACGUGAUGCUUGCAAAUGUUAAUAAGCCGAAAAUGAUGUCUGUUUUCGUCUGCAGGUUUUGAUUUAACGCAGAAAAACGAAGGUCAUUGCUGGAAAGUAUUAGCUGUUACACCUCAGUUGAAGGUGUUACUUUCUAACGGACAAUUCCCGUCAGCUGUAUUUAGAAACGCAUGUUUUUGUGAAAACUUGUGCUUCCAUUCUGUGAAAGGGUCCGUCUCUGUCCCUUUCCUGCUCUGGUGCCUCAAGGGAGAGGAUAAUGUCCCAGCAAUAAUUAUUGGGGAUUGAAGAGGUUCAAACUUCCCUGAUGCUAACAGAAGUGACAACGUCGGGGUCGACAAGACGGUCAGACUCCCUGUGUUGUUGGUGUCCGUAUAUUCAAGAUAAUCGCACGGAUCGGUGCAUAAUUACUCUGAGAUCUGUCAUGGCAAUGGCUGACUGGACGUUCAAACUAAGUGUAUUUUAAGCAACUGAUUUAUAUGACAAUGUACUGGGAUUUCAUGGGCUCGCACCUUCAGUGCACUUCAACGCGUUUCCAGCGCUGAAGUUGAGAAAUCUGGAACUGCAGGACGGUAAACUUUCAGGGCCCAGAUUGUAAGAUUGAUGUAGGCAGUGAGGAAAAAUUCAUCAAGAAAGUGAAGCUUACUUUAGACUUCCACAUGAUGGGAAGAUAAUCAUAUUCCCACAAAAAAAGAUAAUAUAAAGAACUAUGAAUCUGCCUCUCCGAUUUACCAUGUUGAUAUUCUCCUACCUUCCCACCUUUCGAGGCGGGU